UCCUACCGCUCCGGCUCCCGCUGCCCUGCCCGGGGAGGGGGCAUGACGCCAGGCGGGGAGGGUGGGGGACGCGGGGAUGGAGGGAGACACACACACUCCGUGCGGAGUCGCCCUCCCGCCGCCUCCUCCGCCGGGCCGGGAGCCGGGAAGGUCACCGGGGGCGGCGGGGGAAGGGAGAGGGCCGGGCACCGCCGCGGGUAUUUCGAGCGCCGGCAGCCGGCGCGGCGCGUACCUUUCCCUUUUUUGGGAUUCGGGUUGGCGGGGCAGGUCUCCGGAGUCCCGAGUCCCUCGCUCCCACUGCCCCCUUCCCCGCUGGGGGACGCGGCAGGUGCAGCUGGAGGAGGUGGAAAGCAUAAGCUUAAAUCGUCUCAGAAGGACAAGGUCCGCCAGUUUAUGGCCUUUACCCAGGCUGGUGAAAGGACUGCUAUAUACUGCUUAACGCAGAAUGAAUGGAAACUAGAAGUCGCAACAGACAACUACUUCCAGAAUCCAGACUUAUACUACAAAGAAUCCAUGAAAAAUUCAGUAGACAGGAAGAAAUUAGAACAACUGUAUAAUCGAUACAAAGACCCACAAGAUGAAAAUAAAAUUGGCGUUGAUGGAAUUCAGCAGUUUUGUGAUGAUUUAAGCCUGGACCCAGCCAGUAUCAGUGUCCUGGUUGUAGCAUGGAAAUUCAGGGCAGCUACUCAAUGUGAAUUCAGUAAAAAGGAAUUUGUUGAUGGUAUGACAGAGUUGGGGUGUGACACCACAGAAAAACUAAAAGCUCUAUUGCCAAGACUUGAACAAGAGCUAAAGGAUCCAACAAAGUUCAAAGAUUUUUAUCAGUUUACUUUUAACUUUGCUAAAAACCCUGGACAAAAAGGUCUAGAUUUAGAAAUGGCAAUUGCAUAUUGGAAUUUAGUCUUGUCAGGAAGGUUUAAAUUUCUAGAUCUUUGGAAUAAAUUUUUGUUGGAACAUCAUAAAAGAUCAAUUCCAAAAGAUACUUGGAAUCUUUUGUUAGACUUUGGAAAUAUGAUUGCAGAUGAUAUGUCCAACUAUGAUGAAGAAGGGGCGUGGCCUGUUCUAAUAGAUGAUUUUGUGGAAUAUGCACGACCAAUAGUCACAGGAGGAAAACAUAAAACUUCCUAACGCCAGACACGUCAGUAUGGACUAAACAUGCUCUCUGAACUGCACUGGGUGAUGAAGAUUUGUUAACUGAAAACUAUGCACAUUUUUGCUGGUUUCAGUGGUCGUGAUGACAUUCUGCAGACAAAACUGAAAUUCUUCCUUUCUACCUAAAGAAUAUGAUGGCUGACUUGUGGACACUUCAAGAACAAACUCAGAAGAUAGUUCAGGCUGUUUGUAGGCUAUUGGCUUCAAUUAUUGUACUGGUUAUAUCAUAUAGGAUGUAGAUUUUGCAUGAUUUUAUACUUUGGAGAAGUUUAACUAGAGGCCAUUUUAUUAAAGUUUUGACAGCACAGCAUGCCAUUCAGUUCAUGAUCCAAAGUGAACACCAGCAGUUACAUAAACAAAACUGUAUUAUAUUGUACUUAUAUUAAAAGCAGUAUUUGUGGUAUAUAAAUUAAAUCCCUAAAUAAAACUUAUGCAGUAUGUUGUAUUUUUAUAAAAGUUAGUUCCAUGGAUCUGUCCUAAUAUGGAAUUGUAACAAAACAAAAACAAACAAACCCACUUAUGCCUUUUUUGUUUUGUUUUUUCAACUUGUUGCCCAAACUUACAGUUUUUACUUUUAAGUCCUGGAUGUGUAGAUUGAUUAUAUCCAGCCUUUUGUUUUCUCCCAAUGAGAUUAACUUCCUCAUUAUUCUUCUUGAAGUGCUUGGACAUGUAGGAGUAGCAUUGCUGAGGACAGGCUGCUGCUCUAUGCUGUGUUGCACCUCCAGUUUUUUUUAAUUAACCAUUUUAAUGUAGACAUUAAACAACCAAAGAUGCUUUUGUAAUUCAUGUUUGGUUAUCUUAAUUCAGUUAGUCUUUAGUUAUGUGUUCUAUUUAUUUUUAAUAAGGAACUGGUGGAAUGUGGAUUUUAUUUAUAGAUUGAAACAUACCAUAAAUUCUAACUAAAUGCAACAUAGUUAUAAAUGCAAAUCCUGGCACUUCUCACGGAAAAUAUGUGUGAGUAAGCCCAAAGACUUAACUAGUUGGCUUCUAUGUUGGAAAAAGCUAGGGGUAAGGAGACUUUAUAUUAAUGAUUAUAAGUAUUCAUGCCUCUGGAUGUAUUGUGCAUUCUAUUUUAUAUAUUUAAGAGGGGAGAGGAAGAGUAAAUUGACGCAGUUUCAGUGAUCUCAAGGCUGGUGAAAUUGGACCAGUUUUCACCAAAUCUGAAUUUGUUCAGUCAUUUGUUUCUCCCCUUACGCCGACAAUUGAUUAUAAAGUGUACAGAGGUCAGUCUCCUCUUCCUCAAAAGUGUCUUCCACUGUCUAAGCACAAAAAAGUUUUACCAGAAACUAUUCAGCAUGUCUUCACACAUGCUCUUUCAAAUGCUACCUCAUCAAAAUGAGUUUGUCAUAGCCACUGUAAAAGUUUGUUAAAAUGAAGUGUUGCUAAAGAGCGUGUACAGCUAUGAUCAAUAUAUUUUCUGUAAUCAGAGCUGAAUAGGUGCAAGAAUUUUGGAGAAAGUAGUGCAUUAAGUUAUUUAAAUUAUGUCUGUUUGGAUCACAUGAGAUCACUUAAGCAUUGCAUGACAGCAUACUAUUUUAUUUUGGGUUUGCAAGGGUAUAAAAGCUUGCAAUAUUCUCUUAAACUCUAAUAUUUAGAGUUUAAUACAAGCAGUCAGCUUUUAUUUAUGUCAAUGCAACCUGCAAGAACAAAUGUACAUGCUACAUACAGAGAGAUUGCCUUCAUUCUUCCACUUGAGAGAAUUUCAGUUGUGCAUGAUGUUUAAAAAGUAGGAUUAGGGCAAUUUUGAACAAAUUACCAAGUUUUCUCUUAGUAAGAGUAUAGCAAGCAAAUUAAAAAUGCCCUGAGAGUAAUUUAUUGUCAGUAUAUUUUUUUGCCCUUGCAGGGCAGCCGCCAGGUGUCAGCAUCUCAGCCAGCAGCUGCCUCCUGCUUGUGUGUAAAGUUAGCCAGGAAGGUUAAGCCCAAUUAUUACUUUCUGCCUACAACUUUUUAGAAGGGCAUUUUGUACAUAACUUCUAUAGAAGUCAAUGGGGAUUGAAAAGUAGUGUUAUGCUCUUUUAAAUAGAUUUGAUUUAUCUACGUUUCUGUCCCAAAACAAGCCACUUCUGUAUCAGUCUCAUAGACUUUGGCAAAGAUGUAACAUCUUGUAGCAUCAAGUGCAUUUAUCUAGCCAAAAGUGAUAGAAAGCUUGUUAUUCACAAUUGCCACUUAAAAUGUAUAGCUAUAAUAUAACUGCACAGAAGUAGUUUAAUCUAUCAGUAUGUGAUGCAACUCAAGUUUCAUAGUGCUAGAGCUUGUGAAACAUUUGUUCAUGCUUGAGAGUUCCUUCAAAUCAAUCUGAUGAACCUUUUACCUUUUAAAAUAAAUAGAGCAUAAAAAAGGCAUAGGAAUUGAGGUUUUUUUGCCUUGUUAAUCGAAGCAAGAGGGAAGGUGCUUAGCACAAUAAUCAGUUUCUAUAUAUAUACUUUUACUCACUCUUAAGCCUCCUUCCUGUGAGGAUCCUUCAUGGGAAACAACCUUCCAACCCAGGAGGAGUGGGUAAAAUAUCUGAAGAUAGGAGUUGCUUCUUGUCAGCCAGCUUCUGAGGUGUAGUGUUCUUUUUCUUUUGUUCUUCCUGCUAUUCUAUCCCUUUAAAACCACAUAUGCUUUUUGCAUUCCCAUACAGAAUAGCAUGGAGUAACACCUUCACACUUGAUCAUUAAAAAUACAAAUAAAUUGCUUUGAAAUUAUGAGUUUCUUAUGUAUUUUAAUAAUUAUCUGCUAUCCACAGUUCCACUUUACAGGGCACUCUGACUUGCUUUUUAAGUAAGCUGAUACAGUGGUAACACCUAGGCUGUUCAAUUUAUAAUCAUAAAUGGUACAGAUGUCUUCGAGUUGUUCGGUGCAUACAGUAUUACUUCAUGGAUAUGCUGUAUGAAUUUUUAAAGUUGGUGCCAAGUUGUUUGGUUUUACAUCCUAGAGGGUUUGAAACUGAGCCAUAGGAUUUGUACUUGCCAAUUCUAAAUUUAAAUGUAAUUUAUCAUGUGUGUCAUGCCAAGGAGAGCAAACCUGCAGGCAUCUGUUCAUUCAAUGCACCUGGGAGAUUUGCUGCUGAGUAAGCUGUACGUGUGUAAAUUUUGUGGCAAUGGAAAAAGGAAUAAAUGGACUGUCAACAUAAA